GUCAUUGUGACUGAGAGGGAAAAUGGCGCAGCAAGCAGUUCAGCUGGACCGAGAAACUUUCUCCUGUUCGAUCUGUUUGGAUCUACUGACGGAUCCGGUGGCGAUUCCUUGUGGACACAGCUACUGUAUGAACUGUAUUAAAAGCUUCUGGGAUGAAGGUGAGCAGAAGAAAAGCUAUCACUGUCCUCAGUGUGGGAAAAGCUUCACACAGAGGCCUGACCUGGAGAAAAACACCAUGUUAGCAGCUUUAGUGGAGCAGCUGAAGAAGACUGGACUCCAAGCUGCUGCUCCUGCUGAUCAACGCUACACAGUACAUGAAGACGUGGCCUGUGAUUUCUGCACUGGAAGAAAACUGAAAGCCAUCAAGUCCUGUUUAGUCUGUCUGGCCUCUUACUGUGAGAAACACCUUCAGCCUCAUUAUGAUUCAGACACAUUUAAGAAUCACAAGCUGGUGGAGCCGUCCAAGAACCUCCAGGAGAACAUCUGCUCUAAGCAUGGUAAAGUGAUUGAUAUCUUCUGCCGCAAGGAUAAGAAAUGUAUCUGUUAUCUCUGCUCUGUGGAUGAACAUAAAGGUCACAACACAGUGUCAGCUGCAGCAGAAAGAGCUGAGAGGCAGAGAGAGCUGGAGGAGAGACGAGGAAACAUCCAGCAGAGAAUCCAGGACAGAGAGAAAGAUGUGAAGCUGCUUCAACAGGAGGUGGAGGCCAUCAAUCACUCUGCUGAUAAAACAGUGGAGGACAGUGAGAAGAUCUUCACUGAGCUGAUCCGUCUCCUCCAGAAAAGAAGCUCUGAUGUGAAGCAGCAGAUCAGAUUCCAGCAGGAAACUGAAGUGAGUCGAGUCAAAGAUGUUCAGGAGAAGCUGGAGCAGGAGAUCACUGAGCUGAAGAGGAAAGACGCUGAGCUGGAGCAGCUCUCACACACAGAGGAUCACAACCAGUUUCUCCUCAACUACCCCUCACUGCCAGCACUCAGUGAGUCUACACACUCAUCCAGCAUCAACAUCCGUCCUCUGAGACACUUUGAGGACGUGGCAGCAGCUGUGUCAGAGCUCAGAGAGAAACUACAGGACGUCCUGAGAGACUCAUGGACAAACAUCUCACUGAUGGUCACUGGGGUGGAUGUUUCACUGUCAGAAGCAGAACCAGGACCAGAACCAACGACAAGGGCUGGAUUCUUAAAAUAUUCCUGUAAAAUCACACUGGACCCAAAUACAGCUCACACAAUGCUGGUUCUGUCAGAGGGGAACAGGAAGGUGAAAAGGAUGGAUAAACAUCAGAUUUAUCCAAGUCACCCAGACAGAUUCACUGAUUACUGUCAGGUUCUGAGCAGAGAGAGUCUGACUGGACGUUGUUACUGGGAGGUGGAGCAGCGUGAUUAUGUAGCCGUCGCAUACAAAAAUAUCAGCAGAGUAGGAAGCGGGGAUGAAUGUAGAUUUGGUUUUAAUGACAAAUCUUGGGUAGUAACAGGUUCUGGAUUUUAUCAUAACAGCAUCAGGACCAGGACCAAAUAUUCAGUUUCCUCCGUAGUGGGAGUGUACCUGGACCACAGUGCAGGUAUUCUGUCCUUCUACAGCGUCUCUGAAACCAUGAAUCUGAUCCACAGAAUCCAGACCACAUUCACUCAGCCGCUACAUGCUGGGGUUUAUGGUUCUGCAGAGUUCUGUAAGCUUAAAUAAUAUUGAGAAUAAUAUUCUCUGUUUACCGAAUUAGUUACGCUCAAGUCUCUGCAUUAUAUGUUAAUUUCUUUUAUUUGUUGUUUUUUUUAUAUGUGAUCGACUAUUAGAAAUUAGCCACGGUGAUUAUGUUAUUUUUAUUUUAUUGAAUUUGUGUUAUUGCUGUUUCUGUAUUUCUGUGACAUUUUCUACUUUUCACAAAAAGUUAUCUUCAAUUUUUUUAUGUGCUUGUGCCUCGUCUAAAUAUUUACUGUACAUUAGGUUAUGUUUAGUUUAGUGUUUCUCCUCCAAGAUAUUGUUGUGCCUUCAUAUCAUAAUUGUAUGAAUCUCUUGAGGGAUAGAGUCUGAUGCGUAUCACCACAGAUCUGUGCAUCAUUAAAACAUCCCUUUGUUCAGAUUUCAGCCCAUGUGGAACUUCUCUCUAAAAAUACAAUGUGAUAGAAAUAUCAAAAGUAUAUUAAGACAUAUUAGAAGGAUUGUUAAUUCUGUCAUUAAUACAUCACAUCUGUUAAGUCCAAUAAAUAAACUGACUUAAAAUGAA